CCGAGAUCCCAGCAGUUUCUCCUGCCUGUUCAAUUCAUGCCCCAAGCCGGACCGCGCAUGCGCACGAGAAUCACACCCAGCUGCGUCCUCUACCUUAUCUGCACUGCGCAUGCGCAACAGGGUCCUGCGAGUAUAGUGUGAGCAGCACUGAGUGAAAUCUGACAGUUUACAAAGGUGGUAAAUCCACAGCUUUGUAAAGAUGGACUUCCAGCACAGAGCCGGUGGAAAGACCGGCAGUGGCGGGGUGGCUUCGUCCUCCGAGAGCAACCGGGACCGCCGAGAACGCCUCCGCCAACUCGCUUUAGAAACCAUAGACAUUAACAAGGACCCUUACUUCAUGAAGAACCAUUUGGGUUCCUAUGAGUGCAAGCUGUGUCUCACACUUCAUAAUAACGAGGGGAGUUACCUGGCACACACACAGGGAAAGAAACACCAGACUAAUUUAGCAAGAAGAGCCGCUAAAGAAGCCAAAGAGGCUCCGGCCCAGCCAGCACCCGAGAAAGUAAAGGUGGAAGUGAGGAAAUUUGUAAAGAUCGGGCGACCAGGUUACAAAGUAACGAAACAGAGGGAUUCAGAGACUGGUCAGCAGAGUCUGCUGUUUCAGAUUGACUAUCCUGAGAUUGCAGAGGGAAUUGGACCCAGACACCGCUUCAUGUCUGCGUAUGAGCAACGUAUUGAGCCUCCAGACCGUCGCUGGCAGUAUCUGCUCCUGGCAGCAGAACCCUACGAAACCAUUGCAUUCAAGGUUCCGAGCAGAGAGAUAGACAAAUCAGAAAGUCGCUUUUGGACUCACUGGAACAGAGAAACCAAACAAUUUUUCCUUCAGUUCCAUUUCAAAAUGGAGAAGCUUCUGCCUCAGCCUGGAGGGCAGGUCGCUCCCACAUCCAUCAAGCGCCCGCCUCCUCUGAUGACCGGCAUGGGUUCUCGACCGCCCACUGACUCCAUGCCCCCACCACCACCAGGAGGAAUUCCAGGGAUGCCCCCUCCUCCUCACAAUGCUCCUCCACAGAUGCACCAUGCUGGCUUGCCUCCUCCCGGUGCUCUGCCACCCCACAUGCACCCACAGUUAUCCUCUGACGGAUCAGUAGGAAUUCCUCAUUCACGCAGUAACUGAGUGUGACACUUCGGAUUUUUCUUUUCUGUCUUUAUAUUGGAUUUGCUGAAUCUGUCAUAUUUUUGUAAAUACGGACAGGAGGGUGUUGUGGUGAUUGUGGGUAUUUUUAGAACUGCAUUCUUGCUCAGAUUAGAGCAGCCUUCUUUUCACCUGGGAAUGUUUCAGGUUUUAUAGGCAAAGUAUAAUAACUCAAAUCGAUCAUUGUUUGGAGCCCCAGUUAUUCAGGUGCCCAAAGAUGGUUUGGUUUUCACGCUCUAAUUUGCAGGUUAGUGUUGUUUUUAUUUUAUUUUUUAUCAUCUUUUUGAUGCAAGACCUCCACAGCCACCUCACUUUCACAUCAAGUGAUUUAUUUUUUUUAUUGUUUUUUUUUUUUUUUUUUUUUUU